AUGCAUUGGCUGACUCUCGUGAACACCGUUACAGGUCUUCUCCUGCUCGGGAAAGGAGCCGCUUCCGUCAUCAAAUCAACGGAUACAAGACCACGGCUAGGUCGCGCUUACAACGGAGUCCUGGACGGCGGCGACCUGUCAAGCUUCUCCCUUUCACGGCGCCAGAGCUCCUCCCCUCAGUGCGGAGCGGCAGCCAACGGUGCGCGGUGCACCAACAACCUCUGCUGCUCACAGUGGGGGUACUGUGGCUCCUCGGACAUAUACUGCUCCAAUAUCUCGGGAUGUCAACCAGCCUAUGGAGUGUGCGAGGGCUCGUCCACUACAACUUCUGCGACCUCGACGACCUCGACGACAACCACAAGCAGCUCCUCCUCUUCUACGGUUACGACGACAACUUCGAGUACUAGCACCAGCAGUAGUAGUAGCAGCAGCAGCAGCAGUACUGCAAGCCCGACGGUUGUCCUCCCACCUGGCCAGAGCACCACGACAGAUGGCACAUGCGGGAACAACAAAAAUCUCGGGAUGCCAGCCUUCUUACGGAUUAUGCGAGGGUUCUUCGUCAUCUACCACUCCUGGCGUACCAACAUCGACUUCGUCGUCCACAAGCAGCUCAUCUACGUCUUCGGUAACGACUACGACGUCCUCGGUGACCACCACAAGCUCUACCAGUAG